GAAAAACUAAAAUUUUCUUUGCGCCGCAAUUUCACUACGAGCUGAAAUAUUAAGAAGAAUAAUCCAAUAUCUUCCUAAUUUGUGGAAUAAUAUAUAAAUUGAAUUUCAAAAAUGCUUGCAAAAAACAUACCAAAUCUAUUUUUAAGAAGCGCAUAUUUCUGCAAAAAUUCAUCGAUCGUGAGGAAUUUUUCUGUAACAUCUGUAAAUGGCGAAUCUGUGAAAAUCCAGAGCACUGAUGAUUUCAAACAGAAAGUUAUCAACAGCAAAGUCCCCGUCGUCGUUGAUUUCUUUGCUACUUGGUGUAACCCUUGCAAGUUACUAACACCCCGCUUGGAAUCAGUUAUCUCUGAGAAUAAAGGAAAAGUUGUUUUGGCAAAAGUGGACAUAGAUGAACAAACAGACCUCGCUCUUGACUACGAUGUAAGCUCAGUGCCUGUACUACUUGCAGUCAAGAAUGGUAAAGUGCAACAACGCUUGGUGGGCCUACAGGACACUGACAAGUUACGCAAAUUUGUUGAGCAAGUGAUCACUCCAGAAACCGAAGUCAAGGAGGCCAAGGCUUAAAUUACCAACUAGUUCUGAAUUGUGAUAAAGUAUUGUUUGUUAAAAUUGUGUAGUUCUAAUAAAGUAUC